AUGAAAGAAACCAUUGCACAAAUUGAGAAAAUCGAUCCAAAAGAACUUGAAGAAUUCGAACAGGUAUCACGAGUACAACCAGCACGGACUCGUUUACGCACGAGACGUGGACUAAGAUGGAAAAGUUCAGAAGAAAAAAAUACAACCGAAGAGGAAUUAGCAUCUCCGACGCCACCGUCAUCGCCGCCACCAUAUCUCACACUCACUCUAGCCUUCAUUGUCAUAACCCCCAAAACACCAACGAUUACUGAUGAAGAAAGAGAAGAAUUCGAAAAUGUAGCGCAACCACGUCCAGCACGAGCUCAUAUGCGUACUCGUGAAUUGAGAUGGAAGGACGUCUCCCGCGAGGAUCAAACGGAGAAAUCAGAUACUGAAGCACCAUCAAAACAAGAACAACGAAGUAAACAGGGUAGGGAAAAUGACACCAAGACUGAAAAGAAACUUAGAAAAGCCAAGGAAACCAUAGCUGCCCUCCGGGUAAAACUCGAGAAAAGGGACAAAAAAAUAGCAUUUCUGCGGACCUUGUUGAUGGAGCAGGAUGCGGAACUAAAGAAGCUCGAUCCAGGAAGGAGUUCACGAAUACCGACAGAUUAUGAUUACGAUGACCUACUCCCUGAGUCACAAAAGAAACUAGCCGAGGGAGUUCUAGAGACAUUCAAGAAAAACCAGCUACUCGAAAAAUCUUUAUCGACUGAAGAAAAUGAAGUUCUCACAAAAUAUUUUGCGACACCAGAUUUACCUCCAACGAAAGAGGUUGUUACGCUCAUUGAUAAGGCGAUAAGUCACGCACUGGAUGUUCUGGAAGAACCUAACAACGACGAACUUCGCGCAUUUCUAAAGGACAGGCACAAUGCAAAACUUGCCAUAUUGGAUGUGAUGUUAGCACGACAUGAUCUGAUGCCUGACAUUUGGGAUGAAAAAGCCAGAAAGAUGGCGUCAAAGGGAGUGAUGUUAACAUUCAGUCAAGAAGACCUAAAGUCUCAAGCACGACGAUUGCAAGCUAGAUUCGCUAGAAUUCUCUUUCAUACACGUCAUCUUCGAAUAUCAAUUGCUUGUCUGCUGUUAUCGUUUUGGCUUCUUUGGCUUAUUGCCUUAUCUGAGCUCUUGUUUUCUUACCCUAUAUGGCCAGUUAAUACUUGCUUGGACUCGACCGAAUGUUCGGCUUUAUCAUUCAUUGUUGGUGUACAUGGUAUAGCGCUAUUAGUUGGAACAGUCGGCUGGAUAUGCAGCUCACCUACGCUUUCGACUGUGUUGGUGGUGCCACCACUGUGCUUCGGUGGUGGUAUGACAGGUGUUGUUGUCAGCCUCUGGGUCGCAGAAUUGGAAGAACCUAAUAAGAGCUAUUUUACGACUCCGGAAUUCAUCUGCUUCCUUUGUCUUUGGAUGUUCAUCGUCUAUGCAGUUAUCAUUAUAGCGAGGUACUGUCGCUACUUGAAAGCCCUGGGUUUGAUCAGAAGCCGUAAUCGCUUCAAUGUCGAUGUGUUCAAGGAACGUCUUUUUGGUACCCCUCCAUUGAAGGAGUUUAGUCGUAUGGAAUUUCCCCGUUGUUCGACUUUGUCUGAUUCCAUACCUGACGACAUUUUCGGUGAUUAUGAACCGGACUCAGAACUUACUUGA